AUGUUAAAACCGGCGUCUGCAUACAUGCACACGUUCAUAUGGUUUUGCGAAACCGACGCGCAUCUUUGUGUUUCUUUUUUCACCCGCGUUCUGCGCGGGCGCAUGCGCACUCGGUUAGUGUCAGUAUUAAAUUUCCCACUUAUUGAAUGUAUUUCUUUCUUUCUUUCUCCCAUUCAGGACAUGACAAAUUCUAUUUUCUUUCUUUCUUUAAUUUUUCUUUCUUUCUUUGAAUGUUUUCUUUCAUUUUUCCUUUUUACUUUAAUUUUUCAUUUAUUGGAUGUCUUCUUUCUUUCUUUCGUUAAGUUUUUAUUUAUUGAAUGUCUUCUUUCUUUCUUUCUUUCUUUCUUUUUUUAUUCAUUUAUUGAAUGGCUUCUUUCUUUUAUUAAUUUAUUGAAUGUCUUUCUUUCUUUCUUUCUUUCUUUCUUUCUUUCUUUCUUUCUUUCUUUCUUUCUUUCUUUCUACCUUCCAUGCAGGAAAUCCAGAAUUCUGUUGUUGCACUUUUAUUCAUUACAUAAAAAGAAAACAAAACGUACGCGCUUUUCAAGGCACAAUACACCAAUUGAUCUUUUGAAAAUUUCCUACUGA